AUGGAAUCCUUGCAACUUUCUUAUGAGUUAGAUAGGCUCGUUGAUAUUGUAGAAGAACGUAAAAGACUAGUCACCGUGUUAAAGAUCGAACCAUCCAAUAAUGAUAACGUCAAUUUAAAGAAGCAACUUAAUAAAGUGUUAGAUUCAUUAAAUGAAGCCAAUGAAAAUUCAUUUGAAGAACUGGAGGAAUACGCCAAGAAUUAUAACGAUAUUUUAACGGAUAUACCAGAUGAGGCAGUUGAUAUUAAAUUGUACCAGUUUCAAAUACCCCAGAGAAAGGCAGCACCUAUAACGAUUACUGAUGGGAGUAGUAUAACGAGUGCUAAUUCCACAUUUCGAGAUACUACCAAGAAAGUUAGAUUUAGGGAUGAUAAUCUAGUAAGUUAUGAAGAGGACCCAAAUCAAAAUUUCGUACCAUACAAGGAUGAACCCGAUCAACCAAGUGGUAAUGAAAACGCUAAUAUUGAUGACAUUGAACAAGAGAGGCAAAAAUUAUUUGAUUCUUCCAAUGCACUAGAACAGACGACGUCUGUAAUAUCACCGCAAGUUUCAAAUCAGGAUCUUUUCAUUCAGCAACAACAACAGUUAUUAGAACAAGAUUCGCAAUUGGAAAGAUUAUCCGGAUCGAUAAGAACUACACAUGGAAUUUCCCUAAGUAUCAAUGAUGAAGUUAACGAACAAAAUGAUCAAGUUUUACACGAUUUAGAAAGUCUUUUGGACAACGGCGGUCGUAAUUUGGAUAGAGCUAAAAGGCGGUUAAAAAGUUUUGAAAGAAGUGCUAGAGAAAAUGGACCUUGCUUUACCAUCGUGGUAUUAAUACUAAUACUAAUUCUGCUACUGGCAGUACUGUGA